AUGCGGAGAGGCGUCACCAUAUUCCUGCUCGUCACCAUUGUCGUCCUUGGUUUCGCAGUACACAGCGUGUGGACACUGCUCGGUCUUUUGAUCGCUUCUGGUCGCGAAGAUGCUAUUCUUCGCGGAGAGCUCCCUGCGCCCAACUCGAGCGCUAUCAAUGAGGCGCCGCAAUUGAUUCCCAAGAUCAUCCACCAAACAUACAUCAAUGAGAGCAUUCCGGCGCACUGGAAGGGUCCCCAGCAGAGCUGCUUGGAUCUCCACCCUGACUACGAGUACAAGCUGUGGACUGAUAAGAAGUCGCGCGAGUUUAUCGCUGCCGAAUACCCAUGGUUCCUAGAGACCUUUGACGGCUACCCGUACCCCAUCCAGCGCGCUGAUGCUAUUCGAUACUUUGUUCUGCACCACUUUGGCGGAAUCUACAUUGACCUGGACGAUGGAUGCAAUCGCAGCCUCGAUCCUCUUCUCGCCUACCCAGCCUGGGUCCGCCGCACAAUUCCCACCGGUAUCUCCAACGAUGCCAUGGGCGCAGUUCCCCGCCACCCCUUCUUCCUCAAGGCCAUCGACUCACUAACCGACUACAACCGUCGCUGGCCCCUCCCCUACAUCACCGUCAUGGCCUCCACCGGUCCCCUCUUCCUCAGUCUCGUCUGGCGCCACUACAACAACGCCAGCCCAGUCGAUGAAAACCGCGUGCGCAUCCUCUUCCCCGAAGAAUACAACAACCACCCAUGGUCCUUCUUCACCCACCACCUCGGAAACAGCUGGCACAGAACCGAUGUCAAAAUCAUCUUCUGGCUCGCCAAGCACUGGCUGCUCGUCACUUUCCUUGGCUUCGUCGUCGGAUUUGCGAUACUGGGUAUGUUGUACAAGUUCUUCGUUCUCAACAAGCGAUCCACUGGUCCUGGAAGCCCGAAGAUGCGCCUCUUUAACCAGAGGAUGCCAUUUUACCGUCGCAUCAGCCAGAAAAGAAGCUUUGAGCUCGACGACCGCCAUGAGGUCUGA